AUGGAAGACAACAAAAUCAAGGCGUAUCGCCUCAUCGGCUAUGCCGCAGUUUCGCUCAGUGCUGUCGGAAUCGUUUCGGUGUGCAUCACCCUUCCUUUGGUGUAUUCCUAUGUGAACAACCUCAAGGCUCAGAUGCACGCUGAUUUGAGACAAUGCCGUGAGACGGUCAACUCCGUUUAUGCGACCGCCAUCGCGAUGCCAGCGCUGCCCGGGAGUAACCGCACCGCCCGUCAGGCGGGUUACGACGUCGGAGUCAUCGGUGGAGAACCAAGUGAAAAAGGAGUGUGCGAUGGGUGCUGCUUGCCAGGCGCCCCAGGACCUGUUGGUUCUGCUGGGCGCCCAGGACGUCCAGGACGUCCGGGAGCACCAGGUGCCCCAGGUCAUCCAGGAGAAGGACCAAUCUCGCCAUGUGAACCAUUAACUCCGCCACCAUGUCCAGCCUGCCCAGCCGGACCACCAGGACCACCAGGAGCUCCAGGAGAGCCAGGAAAGGAAGGACCAGCAGGACCAGCCGGAAAAGAUGCUUCUGAAGGAGAACCAGGAGAGGCUGGACCACCAGGGCAACAGGGACCAAAUGGACCACCAGGAAAGGCUGGUGCUGCCGGCCCACCAGGACCACCGGGACACUCUGACGAAGUGAAGCCAGGAAAGCCAGGAACUCCAGGACGUCCAGGACCAAAGGGACCACGGGGACCAGCUGGACUACCAGGAAAAGACGGCGCUCCAGGACACCCAGGAGAAAAGGGACCAGCUGGAGAGCCAGGAAAAUCAGGAGUCGACGGAAUUCCUGGAGAACCUGGACAGCCAGGAAACGACGGAAUUCCAGGAGAACCUGGAAUCUGCCCCAAGUAUUGCGCUGUCGAUGGCGGAGUCUUCUUCGAGGACGGAUCUCGCCGCUAA